AUGGCCACUUCGCUCAGCACUUGGAUGAGCUCUUCGAGUAUCUCUUCGAUGAGCUUCACGAAUAACACUUCAAAUAACACUACAGAACUGGUAUUCGAGAAAAGGCCUCUUCCAACCCUCCCCAAGAAUCCUUCCGACGGCACAGUCAGCACGCAGCGCGUGUCGGUCCUCUCUGCGGCCUUGCAGUCGCAGGAGGAGAGGGACUGUCAACAGCAACUCGAUUUGCGGUUCGUUCGGAGGGCGAUACUGUCGCGUGAGUUGGAUGACGAGGUGCUGCGGCGCGCCAUCUUUGCCUGCAGAAAUAGCGGGAGGGCCUCGACAGUUGGGUCGCUGCUUGUACUGCUGCCCACAGAUUUGCAAGCGCGGCAGCGAGCCGAGAUCUUUGUGUCGCUGAGGAGGCCCGAGUAUCCUGAUAUCCCUGACGACUCUGACAACAUCCGGUGUACGUUUUGGUGA